GCAGGUAGGUGAUCAUUGGUGAUACAAGGGCACUGUGUGGGACGCAUCAGUUGCUGAGUUUUGUCUCAAUCACUACUGCUACUUAUAUCAGACCGUAUUAUUUAGAAGCGCCUGCCAACUAGUUUUCAUGGAGAAUCAUUGAUAUCCUAUCGAUAUUUUCAUGACGAGUUAAUUCUGUCGGUGGAGUCAUCAGAAAAUCAGCUGUGUACAAUUUUUAUCAGAAUGCAGGUAGUAGCUACUCGACCAGCAUCUCUUACCUGGAGAUUUAUAAUGAGAAUGGGUAUGACCUGCUCGACCCCAAACAUGAAGUGUCCAAGCUGGAGGAUUUGCCAAGAGUUACACUUAUGGAAGAUUCAUCCCAAAACAUCCAUCUUCGCAACUUGUCUAUGCAUCCUGCAAGCAGCGAAGAGGAGGCACUCAAUCUUCUAUUCCUUGGGGAUACGAACCGCAUGAUAGCCGAGACGCCCAUGAAUCAAGCAUCCACUCGGUCUCAUUGCAUUUUCACCGUCCACAUCACAGCGCGGCAAAACGGUUCAGCCACGCUGCGCAAAGCAAAGCUCAACCUGGUGGAUUUAGCUGGGUCAGAGAGAGUGUACAAGAGCAAUGUGGUUGGGCAGCUGUUGACUGAAGCCAAAUACAUCAACCUUUCUCUGCAUUAUCUUGAGCAAGUCAUCAUUGCCCUGUCUGAGAGAUCACGCUCUCAUGUUCCCUAUAGAAACUCCAUGAUGACAUCUAUGCUGAGAGAUAGCCUUGGUGGCAACUGCAUGACAACUAUGUUAGCUAACCUUGCCUGUGACACCAGGAAUCUUGAGGAGACGAUUUCCACGUGCAGGUUCUCACAGAGAGUGGCCAUGAUAAAAAAUGAAGUCGUAUUAAAUGAAGAACUGGACCCACUCCUUCUCAUCUCCCAACUGAAGAAAGAAAACCAACUGUUGAAGGAUGAGCUAACACUAGUCAAUGGUGCUGAAUGGCUGCAGGAACUAAAUGAGGAUGAGAAGUUGAGGUGCACACAAGCAGUGAAGAGUUAUGUUGAAGAUCAGUCUACAGAUGAAAUACUAGAUGUUGGUGCAGAUAUGAGGAUGAUACUGCUGUGCUUCUCUCUUCUCAAGAAUAUCAUUAAGGAUAUGAAGCUAACCUGUUUAAGCAAAGAGAAGAUACAAACAGCUCCAUGCGCACCCAUUGCAUCUGGAGAGUAUACAAUGCAAAAAGAGGAUGAGAAAUUGAAAGACCUGCUGCAGCAAAGGAACAGUGAUAUAACAAUUCUGACGGAUUUGUUAAAAAAUGCAAGGCAUGGACCUGAUGGUAUGCAGGUGUUAACGUCAACGCAGCUAUCAGAAUGGACAAGGAGAAAAGUUGAAGUGAAAAGAGGCACCUCCGGUGAUUCCCCACAGGACUCAGGACAAUUAAGAGAAGCUUUCACAAGGUUCCGCAAAGAAUAUAAACAUGAGGAGGAAAUUGAAAGCAAGAAAAUGCAGCUAAGGACCAAGUAUGCAGAAGCUAAAGCAUUGGGAGAACAGGUUAAUCAGGCCAGAAACCUGAUCAAUGACUUGAAAUGUAAGCUACAAAAGUAUCAGAUGAGCAGAGCAAUGCAGGGGUUCAACCGUGAAGCCAACUUGGACAGUGCAGAAACAGAUGCCAUGGAAACGUCAUUGAGAGCUGAGAUGCAGGCAGGGAAGUGCAGGUACAAAGAAAAAUUUCAGCAACUUAGAGGCUUGAAAGCAGAAAUUGAACACUUGCACCACCUGUUGGAGAAAUCUAGAGUUAAAAUACAGCAAGAGUUCGAGACGUGGUGGAGCCAGCAGGGCAAUGCGAUGAAGGAUGAGGCAGUCUCUCCACGGGUCGGAUCUAGUUGGGUAUCUCGUAAUGAAGCUCAGAGCUGCCUGCGGGAGAAAACGCGCCGGGACUGUGAACAGACGACUGUUGCAGCGACCAGCACUGCCAGCCUUGACGCUGAAACUGUGAACUCGGCAGAAAUCGAAGCUGCCCGGCCGCCUCAUAGUGCAGUCAACAUACCAUUAACAGGUGAUUCUCAGGCUGAUGCAGACAUCAUCGCAUUCUUCAAGGCAAGGCAACGACUUGUACAAUGUACAAAUAUAGUUAAGAGAUAGAUCUGCAAUGAUGAUGGUGCUUAUUAGUAUAGUUGUUGUUGUUGUUGUUGUUUUAAACUUGUAAAGCUUGAUAGUACUUAGGUAUGAAAUGUUAACAUUGAUUUUAGUAUGUGGGAUUAGAU